UUAAUACUUUGUUUUGUACAGCAGGAUAUGAGCCUUCUCCUAUGUCCGGGCUUUGGCCUCACACAGUAGGUGUAAUAUAAUCGCUGAGGUGGGCGAUCUGCAAGGAGAAUUAUUUUUGGAGGCUUUUGCAUGAAACUUGCCCAAUGAGUCUGAGACACCCAAGCACCAUUAAUUUUGGAGAAACUAUGUUCCAACUUCCUGUCAACAACCUUGGCAGUUUAAGAAAGGCCCGGAAAACUGUGAAAAAAAUACUUAGUGACAUUGGUUUGGAAUACUGUAAAGAACAUAUAGAAGAUUUUAAGCAGUUUGAACCUAAUGACUUUUAUUUGAAAAACACUACAUGGGAAGAUGUAGGAUUGUGGGACCCAUCGCUUACAAAAAAUCAGGACUAUCGGACAAAACCCUUUUGCUGCAGUGCAUGUCCAUUUUCCUCGAAGUUCUUUUCAGCCUACAAAAGCCACUUCCGGAAUGUUCAUAGUGAAGACUUUGAAAAUAGGAUUCUUCUCAAUUGUCCUUACUGUACUUUCAAUGCAGACAAAAAGACUUUGGAAACGCACAUCAAAAUAUUUCAUGCUCCAAAUGCCAAUACACCAAGUGGAGGCAUAAGCACUUUUAAAGAUAAAAACAAACAUGAUAGCCUUAAACCUAAGCAGGCUGACAGUGUAGAACAAGCUGUUUAUUACUGUAAGAAGUGCACUUACCGAGAUCCUCUGUAUGAAAUAGUUAGAAAGCACAUUUACAGGGAACAUUUUCAGCACGUUGCUGCUCCUUACAUAGCAAAGGCAGGUGAAAAGUCACUCAAUGGUGCGGUUCCGUUAAGUUCCAGUACCCGAGAGGAGGGUAGUAUUCACUGCAAACGAUGCCUUUUUAUGCCCAAGUCAUACGAAGCUUUAGUACAGCAUGUUAUUGAAGACCAUGAACGUAUAGGAUAUCAGGUAACGGCAAUGAUAGGGCAUACUAAUGUAGUGGUUCCCAGAUCCAAACCUUUGAUGCUAAUAGCUCCAAAACCACAGGAUAAAAAGUCUAUGGGACUUUCUCAAAGGAUGGGUCCUCUUUCUCCUGGAAAUGUCCGAUCGCUUUCAUCACAGCAGAUGAUGAACCGACUCACUAUACCAAAGCCUACGUUAAAUUCUGCAGGAGUAAAUAUGAUGUCAAAUGUUCAUCUACAGCAGAAUAAUUAUGGAGUCAAAUCAGUACCACCAAGUUAUGUUGGGCAGCCAGGGGGAAGGCUAAACUUAAGUGGCAAUGCACCAGUUUCUAUUCCACAACAGUCCCAAACAAUGAAACAGUUUUCACCAAGUGGAAAUGGAAGGCCUUACACCCUUGGAGGGGAGCAGAGAUCACAAGCCCCAGCAAGGUACUCUCUUCAGUCUGCCAACUCGUCCUCUCUUUCAUCAGCUCAGCUGAAGCAGACAUCAUUAUCUCAGUCCCAGGCAGCGUCAAGAGUAUUAGGUCAGUCUGGCUCAAAGUCUCCUGUAGCUGCCACAGGCCCUUCUGCUGUCAAUACUUCCUCAACACAAAAGUGGAAAAUUUGUACAAUCUGUAACGAGCUGUUUCCUGAAAACGUGUACAGUGUUCACUUUGAAAAGGAGCACAAGGCUGAAAAGGUGCCUGCAGUAGCUAACUAUAUAAUGAAAAUUCACAAUUUCACUAGCAAGUGUCUAUACUGUAAUCGCUAUUUACCUACUGAUACAUUGCUUAAUCACAUGCUUAUCCAUGGUCUGUCUUGUCCGUACUGCCGUUCAACCUUCAAUGACGUUGAAAAGAUGGCUGCUCAUAUGCGAAUGGUUCAUGUUGACGAAGAAAUGGGACCUAAAACAGAUUCCACUUUAACCUUUGAUUUGACGUUGCAGCAAGGUAGUCACACUAAUAUACAUCUUCUUGUAACCACCUACAAUCUAAGAGAUGCCCCUGCUGAAUCUGUAGCUUACCACGCGCAAAAUACGCCUAUUGUUCCUCCAAAACCCCAGCCAAAAAUCCAGGAGAAAUCGGAUGUACCUGUAAAAAGUUCUCCUCAAGCAGCAGUUCCCUACAAAAAAGAUGUUGGUAAAACACUCUGUCCGCUAUGCUUUUCAAUCCUAAAAGGACCCAUUUCUGAUGCACUAGCACAUCACUUAAGGGAGAGGCAUCAGGUUAUUCAAACAGUUCAUCCAGUUGAAAAAAAGCUAACAUACAAAUGCAUUCAUUGCCUUGGUGUAUACACCAGUAACAUGACUGCCUCAACUAUAACACUGCACCUUGUACACUGCAGAGGUGUUGGGAAGACACAAAAUGGUCAAGACAAAUCGAAUGCACCCUCUCGGCUAAAUCAGUCUCCAGCUGUAGCACCUGUGAAACGUACUUAUGAACAUACGGAAUUCUCUCUCAUGAAGAAAAGAAAAAUAGAUGAUGAUGACUCACCAUCUGCCUUUGAGGAAAAGCCUGAAGAACCUGUAGUUUUAGCUUUAGACCCCAAGGGUCAUGAAGAUGAUUCUUAUGAAGCCAGAAAAACAUUUCUUACAAAAUAUUUCAAUAAGCAACCAUAUCCCAGUAGGAGAGAAAUUGAAAAGUUGGCUGCCAGUUUGUGGCUAUGGAAAUCUGAUAUUGCUUCACACUUCAGCAACAAAAGAAAGAAAUGUGUUAGAGAUUGUGAAAAGUACAAACCUGGUGUGCUGCUUGGUUUCAACAUGAAAGAAUUAAACAAAGUUAAGCAUGAAAUGGAUUUUGAUGCUGAAUGGCUGUUUGAAAACCACGAUGAAAAGAACUCCAGAGUCAACGCUAGUAAAACGAUCGAUAAAAAGAUAAACUUAGAAAAAGAUGAUGAAAGUUCUUCAGACAGUUAUGAGAAUAUAGAGGAGGAAUACAAUGAAAGCAAUAGUCCGUUUGGUCAACGCAUUUCUGAUGUUGUUAAAAAAACCUCUGUUGAUAGUAUAGUAGAGAACGUGGAAGACAGCAUAUCAAAGGAGACUGCUGAGGAAAAUACUUUGCUAUCUCCAGAAAAAUCAGAUAAGAAACAGGAGGAAGGUUUAAAAUAUGAAGAAAUUCAUUCUGCUGAGGAACCAACAAAGCUAGUAGGUGAUGCUUCAGAUAGUGAUCAAGAUGAUGCUGUUGAAUGGAAAGAUGGAGCUUCACAGUCUGAAAGCGGACCUGGUUCUCAGCAGGUUUCUGACUUCGAAGAUAAUACGUCAGAGGUGAAACCGGAAGCCUGGACAGAUGAAUCAUCCCAAAGUGAAGAUGCUGGUAGUAGUAAGCCUACUGCAGAAACGAAGGGGAUUGCAUCUGAAAGUGAUGAAGAACAGUCAAAGUGGAAGAAUAGUUCCUAUGGAAAAGUAGAAGAGUUUUGGUCUAAGGACCAGUCGCAGUGGAAAAAUGCAUCGGAAAUUGAGGAGAGCUUAUCAAAUCAGCAGAUGGAAUGGCAGAAUAGCACAAUUGACAGUGAAGAUGGAGAUCAGUUUGACAAUGUGACUGAUGGUGUAGCAGAACCAAUGCAUAGCAGCUUAACUGGUGUAGAGCUGAGUAGUCAGCAAGCAUGAACUGCUUGAUUUGGAAGCAUCAGUAGUAUGAUCCAAUCUACAACUGUCUAAACACUUUCAUUUCAGUAUGACUGAAUGCUUAAUUUCAGUAAGCUUAAUUCUAACUGGUACUGCCUUUUGAGUGCUAGGUCAUCUGGUGAGUGGUUGAUGUGGCCACUAUUAUUCCAGUGGUUAUUUAAGUGCGCUGUUGGCUAAUUUGCUUGAUAAUACCUGCUGUGAUGAGCACAGUAACUUAAUGUGAAAACAGAUAAGCUGGUGGCUCCAGAAUGCACACAAAGAAAAGCAGAGGUUUAUUUUAUCUGCAUUUUCAAUGUUUAUUUCACUCUUGUACAUGUUCAGUUGUAUGUCUUUUUAAACAUUACCCUUUUUCACAUGGUAGUAUAGGGCCAACAUAUGAGCUACCAGUUCAAUGUGUAUAGUAGACUAUGGGGAAAUUGAUUUUUUUCAUGUAUCAUUCUGAAUAGUUGAAAUGUAUAUUUGUACAGUCUUUUAGACCUAUUCCAGUGAAGCUUAUGAAAUUGUUCUUGUGUACCCAUCAUAGAUUUGUUUCUCUUUUUUAGUGUUGCCCUGCUGUGUAAUAAAUGCUGUAUCUAGUUUACCUAGCAAGAGCUUGAAACUGCUAUAGUAUGGAUUUUGACAAACUUAGUUUUUGCACAUAACCUUGUACAAUCUCAAAACAGAGGCCAGCAACAUAAAAAUUAUAUCUGGACUCUAUUGUAUUAUAGAAUUUUCUUGUUCUGAAUAUCCUUGACAUUACAACUGAUGACAAAUGUAUUUCAGAGCCAUUUUCUGAAAUCUUUUAAGCUAAAAAAGAAAAAUCACAUGCAAGAAACAAGUUUGCAGCUACUAAUUUUGACACCUUUUAGAUCUGUAUAAAAGUGUAUUGUGUUGAAGCAGCAUACAGGAAAAAAGUGCUGCAUUUUGAAUAUUUAGUUUUAUCUUUAGUUAACACCAACAAGGCGUUGUAUUCAUUUAUACCAUCUAAUAUAUGACACACUGUUGUAGUAUGUAUAAUUUUGUGAUCUUUAUUUCCCUUUGUAUUCUUCAUUUAAGCAUCUAAAUAAAUUGCUGUAUUGUG